AUGUUGCUGCGGUCUUUGCUCCUUUUCUACGCUUCUCUCCAAGUUGACGGGAGAGGUUUUCUUGUUUUUGCUUGAAAAUGGCUAAUAGGGGCGGUUUUAAAGAGUUGUUCGAAAAUAUUUUGAAGGUCUAGAUGAAGAUUUCAGUGCAACUUAGUUUCUAAAAAAUAAAAUUUUGCACAGAAUCAGACCUUAAACAUAUUUGUUGAUUCAAAUAUACAUCAAAAACUAGAAAUUUGAGCGGGGAUACUGGUGCUACGACAAGAGGGAGUAUUCCAUUUGCCAGGAGUACUGUAUGCGGAUUGCGUGCAUACACUUUGCGUGUUUACACUUUCGUUGCGUGACGUCACGGGGUUUUUUGUUUCCGAGUUUUUUUUUUUCACAUUUUUUUCAAUUUUGUUUUGAUACUGUUAUUUUGUCGUGCAAAUAUAAUCGAGAAAAAUGCAAAUUUUGAAAAAAAGCAAAAAACAUUGCAAAAUAUUCGAAAAAAAAAACUCGGAAACAAAAACCCGGUGACGUCACGUAACGAAAGUAUAAAUACGCAAAGUGUACGCACGCAAUGCGCAUAUCCGCAUACAGUACUCCUCGCAAAUGGAAAACUCGCUCUUAACUUAGCACCGGGAUACUAUUAAGAAAUCAUUUAGAAAACUUUGAACUUUUGGAACUUUUUUGAGCCAGUUUUUAGACAAUCCUGAACUCUACACCUAAAUGGCAAAAACUGAAAACUUUUUCCAUUAUGCGAAACUUACAGCUCUCGAAGCAUGUCCAAACUUGGUCAAGGGCUCCCUUCCGAGCAGUACGACGAGUCCUCACGUCCGUUUCGACUACACCCAGCCUGGAAAAGUCGUCAUUUCCUGCGUCGGAAUCCAUUCAACUUUCAUCUCAUUUUAUUCUUCUGGAGCUCAUAAAAUUGUUAGUUCUAGCCAUAUGAGGGCAGCUAGGUUCAGGAGUAAGGAUUGACGGAGGAAAUUCAGAGAUAAAUUUCAAUCUCCCCAAGGAAUUCAUUUCACUUCCGAAUUCUCUGAAAAUCGGUUAGGACACUCCUGGGUUUACCAGAAGAAUAUUCUGAAUAUCUCAAACCUGCAAAAAUUCCUAGUUUUCGAGAAACAAUGCUCAAAGCCCCGGAAUAACCGAUUUUAACGGAUUUUGAGGUUUUUUUUUAAAUGUUCGUUCUCGAAAACUAGAAAUUUGUGCAGGUUGAGACUUUCAAGAUCUUCAUCUAGCGAAUUUUAGGAAAAUCUCAACUGCGAAUUAAAAUGACUUUUCUUGUCAGAAAGCGAAUUUCAGUGUCCUCCCGUUGUGGAACACGGUCCGGAAGGCUUACAAAUCGUUAAAUGCAAUAUGACAUGUAUUCCGGAGAAUGGAGAAUGGUCCCCGGGACCGCCGAUGCUUCCCGUGGACAACAACACGAUCUACUGUGAAAGUACGCAAGUUUUUUUAGAUAUUUUUACGGAAAACUUGGAAAUAUUUUAAAAAUAUUUGAAAGUCUCAUAUUCCAUUCACCAUGCUUUGAAACGCUCUGACCUGUCUGCGUCUCUGUUCCCUCAGCAGCAAGUUUAUAGAAACGUGAAAAUAUCACCUAAGCGUCAAGUGAGGAAUAAGAGAGCGUAGAGCAUUCAGCCAUCUUCAAAUUGUAUCAAAAUGGGCAAUAGUGAAACAUAAUUUGGAUGUUUCUUGAAAAAAAAACGAUCUUUUUCAAAUUUUUAUAGAAUAGCGGAUUUAUUUCGACUCGACACUAGGGAAAGUUGUUUUGACUUUUUCCAAGAAUGGGAGAAAAAAACUGGAUGAACCUAAAAAAAACUCGUUUAAAUGACCAAAUUUGGCUUUACAGCUGUCGACGUGCCAGUGCUAACCACCACUUCGGAACCAAUAAAUUGUGAGUUUUAUAAAAUUCUUUAAAAACAAAAAAUUCAAAUGAAAACUUAUGAAAAAGCUUCGUCUUUUCUCUCGCAGUUCGUUAAAUUUAUCUAUUUUAUUUUUGAAAAAUUACGAAAUUCGUGAGACCCAAAAAAAAAUAUAAGCCUUAAAAGCGGCUUUUCUUUGAAAAAGCUCAAUCUAAGCUAGAAAAAAAGACCUCAACCUAAAAAAAAAUGUCAAGCUGUUUCUCCCUUUUUCCGCUACUUCUUGAGCCUUUAAAAUCCCAGAAAAAAAAAUGGAAGGCUCAAUAAAGGGACUUUUUUGCUGCCUUUUUGCGGCCUUUUUUCAGCAUCUCCCACUUAGCGGUCAUUAUCCACCAUUCCGACUUUGCCCAAGAAUUUUUACAAAAAAAAUGAGUCCACGUUCGGAAUUACGAAGCUAGAGAGCACUGGUUAGCAAGAGGACGCUCUGAGAAAAAAAAAAGACGCGCACUCUCUUUACUUUGAACACUCUCUAACUUUCGAAGGCUUGAAAAAAAGAUCUUUUGGUUAGAAGACCAUAACUUACAGCGGUGUGCAAGCGGGUGAUCAACGGCACAUCGGACACAUUUCCAACGAGUCCUUUCGUCGAUUUUAACUAUUCCGUGUUCAAUCAGGUACAGGUGACCUGCAUUGGGCUGUACGACUCCAUCAUCUCGUUCAGGAGCGGUGGUGUUGAACGAACUGUAAGUUUUUAUCUCGACAUGAAAAUUUGAGAGGAAAAAGAAAAUAUAUAUAAAAAUUCACGGGCAAAGUCUGACGGACCUUUUGGGACCUUAAAAAUACCAAAAUCUUUUUGAGAAGCUUAAAAAGUGGAAAGAAGUCUGUUAUAAGCUCAUCAGACUCCACCGGCUUCUUAUACCUCUUUUUUGGAAUUUUUCUUUGUAAAAAAUAUUUGAUUUUUCAAAAGUUCACAAAUCAAUUAAUUUUUAUUUCAGUGCGAUUCAGCACGACAACGAGGUCCUGACCGAUAUAUGACCACAAUUUGUACCUUAUUCUGUGAUCCUGAAGUCGAUAAAUGGUCUCCCAACUCUUUACAUGGCCAUAUCGACGAUGACACAAUAUACUGUUCAAGUGAGAUUCAAACUUUGAAAAAAAAGGUUUUUUCGUGAUUAUUUAAAAGUCUGAACUACAGAACUGGCCAUCAAAAAAUUCCUUUCUUUCUUUUUUUUUGGCUUUAAAUGAUCAGAAUUCAUAAGGAAAAAAUUAGAAAGCCUUUUUCUUCAAUCCCUGACUUGAAACUCGCCUCUGUGACAUUGAAAUGAACAAUAAUUUGAAUUUCAGCCGUCCAAAUUCCGGAUAAACCGCUCCAAGCAUUUCAACAAAUAAAAAUUUAA